AUGGAGCUCAAGUGCCUAUAUCUCUUGCUCGCCAGCUUCACUGGCUACGUGGCGGCACGUUCAUUGCCCGUUGGUGAACUGCAAUCGCGGCUCCUUCUGAGCAAGGCGCCUGCCGUUGGCUCUGUGAGCCCUGUCAAAUUGUAUCCAGCCUACAACUUCUCCGUACCAAUUGACCAUCUCCACAACGAGAGCCGUUACGAACCACACUCAGAUGGCUUCUUCAACAUUCGCUACUGGUUUGACUCCACCUACUACAAGCCCGGUGGCCCCGUCCUAGUGCUUUGCUCCGGUGAAAGCGCUGGUGACGACCGAUUACCGUAUCUGCAGAAGGGUAUAAUAUACCAACUCGCCAAAGCAACAAACGGACUUGGAGUCGUUCUCGAGCACCGGUAUUACGGAGAGUCUUUCCCUGUCCCGGAUUUGUCUGUAGAGAACCUGCGGUUCUUGACCACGGAUCAGUCUCUAGCCGACACGACGUAUUUCGCCAACAAUAUCGUGUUCCCUGGCCUAGAACAUCUCAAUUUAACUGCCAGUAACGUACCAUACAUCGCUUAUGGUGGCUCCUAUGCGGGUGCCUAUGCUGCUUUCCUCCGCAAGCUCUAUCCGGACACAUGGUUUGGUGCCAUCUCCUCCUCAGGCGUUUCUGAGGCUCAGUGGAAUUAUUGGGAGUAUUUCAAUCCGAUUGUGCAAUACGGUCCGCAACCGUGCAUCAACCUUACUCAGACACUCACCCACGCAAUGGACAACAUCAUCUUUCAUAAUCACAGCUACAUUACUGAGCUGAAGGCGCUCUUCAACCUUCAAGAGCUCAAAUAUGACGAUGACUUUAUGAGUGCGAUCUCCUACGGCAUUUCCUACUGGCAAGACCGGAACUGGGAUCCGGCAGUCAACGACCCGGACUUCGAUAACUACUGCACGAACCUCAGUUCGAGCACGAUUAAAUAUCCUCAUUAUGUCAGCCAGAAGGCCACCGCUGAGAAGUUGAUUAGUGCUGGCGGAUACGGAGAGCAGGCUGCCAGCUUGGCCCCUCAUCUACUAAACUGGGCAGCUUGGAUGAACUACACUCAAAUCCAGCCAGUUCUGGAAGCCGGCUACACCGAAAGCGAGUACUUCAGCCUUCGCAACGACACAUUUUACAAAUUAGAUGACAUCACCCAGACUUGGCGGUCAUGGCCGUAUCAGUACUGCACUCAGUGGGGUUUUCUCCAGGUCGGCUCGACUGUGCCCAAGAACCAACUACCCCUGAUCUCCCGCACUCAGACCAUCGAGUAUGGGAGCACCAUUUGCCGCGAGGCUUUUGGCAUCAAGAAACCAGCCCAGACGGAGCAGAUUAACAAAUAUGGUGGUUUUAAAAUAUCCUAUCCACGUCUGGCGCAGAUCGGUGGGCAGGCAGAUCCGUGGCGACCGGUGACACCGCUCGCUGACCCGUAUCUGAACACGCCAAGCACGCCGAGCGAGCCGCGCAUUCUGAUAGAAGGAGCCGUCCAUCAUUGGGAUGAGAAUGGCCUCUUCCGAAAUGAAAUGACACCUAAAUUGCCUCCACUUCCUGUUAAAAAGGCCCAAGAGCAGGAAGCCAAGUUUGUCGUGGCGUGGUUGAAGGAAUACAAGGCCCAGCACUAG